CUGGAUCCGCGGCGCCAUCUACUGCUGCAAGAUCGCCGUGGCCCUGGCCGUGGCCGCCAUCCCUGAAGGUCUCCCGGCCGUCAUCACCACCUGCCUGGCCCUGGGGACGCGCCGGAUGGCCAAGAAGAACGCGAUUGUCCGCAGCCUGCCCUCGGUGGAGACCCUGGGCUGCACCUCGGUCAUCUGCUCCGACAAGACCGGCACGCUGACCACCAACCAGAUGUCCGUCUGCAAGAUGUUCAUCAUGGACAAGGUGGAGGGCGACAUCUGCUCCCUGAGCGAGUUCUCCAUCACCGGCUCCACCUACGCGCCCGAGGGAGAAGUGCUGAAGCAGGACCGUCCGGUCAAGGCUGGUCAGUUCGAUGGCCUNUUAUGGGUGGUGGGACCUCAUAACAGGUGGUGGGACCUGGUUAUGGGAUGA